GGACCCGAAGGGCAGACGCCAAAGGGCUCAGAUGUCGACUGGGAUGACCUCUGGGAUCAGUUUGAAGAGAGAAGGUACCUCAGUGCCCGGAAAUGGAAGGGUGGAGAGGACCCGUACCGCCUCUACGCCUUUAACCAGCGUGAGAGCGAGAGGAUUCCCAGUGACCGUGCUAUCCGCGACACCAGGCAUUACAGAUGUACUACUUUGCACUAUCGUCCAGAUCUUCCGUCAACGAGUAUCAUCAUCACCUUUCACAAUGAAGCCAGAUCCACCCUCUUAAGAACUAUCAGAAGUGUUUUAAAUCGCACCCCUGUGCACCUGGUGCAUGAAAUCAUAUUGGUGGAUGACUUCAGCGAUGAUCCUGAUGACUGCCAUUUACUGGGCAAGUUACCCAAGGUGAAAUGCUUGCGCAACAGACAACGAGAAGGUUUGAUCCGGUCCCGAAUCCGAGGGGCAGAUGUGGCACAGGCAGCAGUUCUGACCUUCCUAGACAGCCACUGUGAGGUGAAUAAAGACUGGCUGCUGCCUCUUCUGCAGAGGAUCAAAGAGGAUCCAACCCGCGUGGUCAGUCCAGUUAUUGACAUCAUCAACUUGGACACCUUUGCCUACGUGGCCGCUUCCUCGGACCUGCGAGGUGGGUUUGACUGGAGUUUACAUUUCAAAUGGGAGCAGCUUUCCCCAGAACAAAAAGCCAAGCGAAUUGACCCAACAGAACCUAUUAAGACUCCGAUCAUUGCAGGGGGGCUCUUUGUGAUCGACAAGGCUUGGUUCAACCACCUCGGGAAGUAUGACACUGCCAUGGACAUCUGGGGUGGGGAGAAUUUUGAAAUCUCCUUCCGUGUGUGGAUGUGUGGUGGGAGCCUGGAAAUUAUCCCCUGCAGCCGGGUCGGACACGUGUUCCGGAAGAAACACCCCUAUGUCUUCCCAGAGGGAAAUGCCAACACCUAUAUAAAAAAUACCAAGCGCACAGCUGAAGUGUGGAUGGACGAGUUCAAACAAUACUACUACGCUGCCCGGCCUGCAGCACAAGGAAGGCCGUAUGGAGACAUCAAGAGCAGACUGGAACUGAGGAAGAGCUUGAAAUGCCAGACCUUCAAGUGGUACCUGGAAAAUGUUUAUCCAGAACUUAGGAUUCCUGAGGAAACAUUGUAUCAAUCUGGAAUGAUCCGACAGAGACAGAGGUGUCUGGAGUCCCAGAAGCCUGAAGACCAGGAGUUUCCAGUCCUGAGCUUAAGUCCCUGCAUCAGCAGCAAAGGUGUGGCAGCAGUGGCACAGGAAUGGACGUACACAUACAACCAUCAGGUCCGCCAGCAGCAGCUCUGCUUGUCCGUGCACACCCUCUUCCCAGGCUCCCAGGUGCUGCUGUCCCCGUGCAAAGAAGGGGAUGGCAAACAGCGAUGGGGUAAAGUCGGCUCUCGUAUUGAGCACAUGGCCUCGCGCUUCUGCCUGGACACCGAAAUGAUGGGCGACACCAACGAGAGUACCGGGGAACUUGUCAUCAACCCCUGUGAGAGCACAGCCAUGAGUCAGCGCUGGGACAUGGUGAUGUCCUGACCACCCGAGGUGUCACAAGUGCAGAACCAGCCAGGAGGGCUUCGUCGGAAGCAGCCAUGGCCCACAGCAGAGGCUGCUGGGAACUCAGCAGCAGAACCAUUGGGCACCUUUGUUCAUUGUGAGGCGGGAGCAGGAGGAAAAAAGAGCUAGGCCAAGGGAGCUCUGGGUUGAAGAAGGGAUGUCGGCUGUGGGAUCUGCAGUUAGUGGCCUUUUGGGAUUAUAGGUUCAGCAAGGCAGAACCACACACAGCCAGGCCCUAAACAUCUUUCAGGAACACUGAGUCCUGGCUGAGGUCUGAGGAUGGCCCUGCUGAAAUGCAGCGUGCACAGUAUUUAAUCUUUUACUGCCAAGAUGGAAACUGGAGGAAGAUCCUUGGAGGGAAAGUGGAGAUCUGUACACAGCAAGACAAGUGUGUAGUUGGCCACAGGGGUGGCAGAAAGGCUGAAGGGUGGAGCAAGAGGAUGCUAACGUGAGACAAAUGUGGUUGCCUUGGGGAUGAGUGGAGAAUGCCAGGAUUACCUGUCUCUGUUCAUGGAUUUGGAUGAGGCGAUAGCAUGUUCUCAUUUGUCUGUAGACUGGCACUUGGUGUGUACUGUACAGAGGGCCCGUGCUGUCAUCUGAUGCAUGUGGCCAGAAUCAAGAUGAUGGGGAGGGGGUUCUCACCACUCUGUACUCUCAGUGCUUGGACCCCAUCGAGUCUUACCGCAGAGGCCAAGCCUGUGAGGGAGCUAAAUAGGCAAACCCUUCUGACAAUGCAGGGGAACAAUACUGUUAGUUCUCCUGCCUGAAUGGCCUGAGCCAGCCAAGAUCACUGAGUUUUCCCCAUUAACCUCAGUACAGGUCUCGUGUUUCAACCCUGGCAUCUCUGAAAUGAUCAUACCAUGUCACUCCACUAAUAUUUUGCUACUUGAAGGUAAUUGUGCCUUGUGUGCGUUUCCCAAUCUGCUUCGUACAAUAGCUGGGGCCUGAGGGAAUGGGGCUUCCUUCAGCAUGGCACAGACUAAGGUAGGGACCUCCCAGAGGGCUUUUAUGAAGCGCAGGAGAAAGGAGAUCCACCCCAAUGUUGCUGCCUCCUAGAAUGUGAGCGUUGAUGGAAGAAUUUGGGAUGCCCCCCAGCUGCAUCGCUGAGCAGGAAGCCCCAGUUCAGGAGACCCUGGAAGGUUCUCUCUCUGCUGUGGCCAUGGGCACUCGUAGGCACUGGGGUGGUAAGAUGUGGGGGCUCCAAGAAACAGGCAUUGGCUAGAGAUAAAAUGCCAAGAUGAUGUUUGUGCAGGGCUGAGGGGAUUAAGUGGAGACCUGAGGACGUGAUGUGGACGGGAAACAGUCCUUUCUUGACCUGGCCUUUGGGCUAGGUCUCUGCACAGAAAAAGGGAUUGGUGGAGCAGGACUUUCCAACAGGAUGGGAAUCACCAAGGCAGUCUAUAUAGGGCCUUGCACAGCUGGGUACAAUGCAGGGUGGGACUUUCAAGAGGGCCUGAGGCACUUGUAAACCAGUGAGGUUUGAGCUCCUGAGUCAUGUAAGCGGUUACAAAAAUCCCGUCCUCUGGCCAAUUUCAAACCUGUGACCUGGAGGUGGAACAUCCUCUUACCAAGUUUGCCUGGCCUCCCUUGAUGAAUAUAGUGCUAGGGAUUGGAUUGCUCAGACGCCCUGGGCUUGCAGUGUAGCACCACCAUAACUGUUUUUAUUUUCAAAUCAUCCCGGUUUAUAAAAUGCUUUUCCAGCUGCAGUAAAGCAGGUUAUUAAUCUGAUGAAGCCACUAUGCUGUGAUCCUCCAGGACCUGCCUUGUGAAAGAGUUCAAGGAAGCCAUCAUGUCACAGCAAUGCAUGGCACCAUUUUCAUUUCUCAGCUUUCUGAUAGGAAAACAAGACAACUACAAAUAGAGCGGGGUGGGGUGGGGAGGAGGGAGAAAACUCAGGCCCAAUUCACAAAGCAGUCAGUGAACUUGCUGGUUGCCUUAUUUCAUUGAGCCAAUGACUUUAGUCACUGCAAAUGACAGGCAGGCUGGAAUGAGUCACUGUCUAAUAGUGAUGGGAGGUCCCAAGUGGUAAAGCAGCUCCCAAAAGUUUGGAGGUUACCUUAAAUGUACCUGUGUUGUGUUUGCCCUGUGAUACCCUGAUGCUGCAUUGUUUCUGAUUCCUCCAAAAUAAGCAGACAAAAUGCCAUUCUGGAAAGAACUGCUGCUAUUCUCCAGCAUCCUCCGGGCAAUUGAUGGACGGCUCGACUUUGGGUUCUAAAUCUGGAGUUCUCUGCUUUAGCAGGUUUGCUCUUGGCUGCCCAGAACUGUGUGAAGAAACUAUUGUGGUGCAUCUAGCAAUCACUUCCUCUCCUGGGGUUCAAAACAUCCCUGUUGCUGAUGGCCAAAACCAGUGUUCUAGACAACCACCGCUGUUCAGCAGAAAAUCAAAGUGCUACCUCACUGCAUACAUGUACAUGUGCAUUUGUGCGUGUCUGUUGACAUGUCGGUACAUAUGUGUGUGUGCCUCUGCAUUUGUGUGUAGAUGUGACGGGCAUUUCACAUGCAUGUGUGUGCAGGUAUGUAGAUGUGUGUUCGAAGAAGGUCUUAGUUCAAACUCACUUCAUUUCCCUGAUGUGGUAAGGUAGAGCUGGAUACUACUCUUGAGGCCUAACCCUCUGGGCCAAGUCAAGUUUGUAGAAGGCUUUACUUGCAGUAAGACUGCUGUGAGAUGGUUGGAGGCAUGAGACAAAGAGCAUAAUAAAGGCAGGGUCUGCAUCCCUGGUAACCAUGGAGCUGUACCACACAGGUGCUUCAUCAGGGACUUGCAAGGAGGCUCAGGGGUACAGAAAAGCUGAAUGUAGGUGUGCUGAGUGGCUGUGAAAAAUGACAGUAUCAUCAUUGUACCAGCCAGCCCUCCAUCCACGUAGUGCAGGCUGGACAGCUGCUAAUUGUGUAGCAUACCUGAGGCUGCAGAAACACUCCCAUGCCUACCAUGCAGCCCUUUGUCUGAAGCCUGUUUCGUGGCCCUGCCAGUGAGAUCAGCCAUCUGAUCAGCAACUUACUUAAAACAGUGUGGGGUGUCAGCUUGCCUCUCAUGAAUCUCAGUAGGAGCAUGGCACUAUCCACCAGUUUGCAAAUGUUUUCUUUCCUGCGCUCACAAAAUGCCUUGUUUUGAGUGUCAGUAGAAAGCAAGACUGGUGAAAUCCAACGCAGCCUACAGGUUUAAUUAUCUGAUUAAAACAGUCUGGAAAUAGAUUCACUUACUUUUUUAAUGUUUGAGUUUUCCCUUAGUAUUGAUUAUAAUUCUACCGGCCGUAAACUGGGAGCCCUUUGACAGGAUGUCUAGAUAGGCUCUAGUAUUUACACUUUGGUGCUCUCUGCAGCAAUGCUAUUUGGCCAAUUUUACACUGAUCGAGAAAGAGAAGCUAUGGUUCUAAUCCUGGCUGGGUGUGUGGCCUGUGGGUAAGUCACUUGUCCUUGUGCCUGAGUGAAAGCCAUCUGGAAAACUGGAUCCAAAGCAGGAAACUCAAAGAAAGACCAGUCUUUUGCUGCUUUUCAAAUGAGCUACCCUGGCUGAAUGUUUAACAAUAUAAUUACGAAAGAUAUUGCUGUCCUAAUGAGAGCUACUCUGAAAGAUUUUGUGAAUUGGGGGGGAAACCCAAAACUAUAAUUUGGUUCACUUGAUUUCAGGCCAGUUUACCUUCACUUUCUAUUGCUAGCAUAGUUGUUAAGUUUAAGGCCAAGAGCAAUGGCUUAAACACCAAAUUUUACUCAGUUCUUGAGGAAAAUAAAUGGGAAAUGAAUUUAUAAUUUAGAAGUUAAGGGACCACACUAGAACUCUGAUCUGAAUUUUUAUGAUUAUCCAGUCAUGGAAAAGACCUAACAAGGAGUGAAAAGGUGGUCUAGAAUAAAGAGCCUAGGUAUCAAAGUGCUGAGUUCUAAUCCUGGUUCUUUAACUAAUUGCAGUACUGGGGUCUGUGCUGCUUCAGUUUCCCCAUCUGUAAAAGAGGACGAAUAUAUGCCUAUCUCACACAGGUUUUGUGUGACUUAGUUAAUGAAUGUAAAAUGCGUUGAACUGGUAGGCUGUGUCUAGACUGGCCAGUUUUUCCAGAAAAUCAGCCGCUUUUCCGGAAAAACUUGCCAGCUGUCUACAUUGGCUGCUUGAA